UUAUAACAACAAGGGCGGGUAACUACAAUCGAGAAACGUCAAAGGAAAAGUACACGUCCAACACAUAAAAAUGUGAAAACUUCUAUAAAUAGAAGAAUUUCCCCUGACUUGGUAUGUGGUUAUCCAAGUCUAAGACCAGCUCUAAGGAUGACACAAGCAGCAAGCAGACUACCCAAGGAAUUGGAAGUCAGCAACAUGACCUGUUUAACACACGCAAGAGAAGGAGGUGGGAAGUCAGUGAUGAGAAUCUUGACAACCGUCGCUCAGUGUCUGAAAAACCCAGUACAGCUAAAAAGACAAAAGCUGCCGCAAGUACUAGUCAGUAUGAAGAUGAGGUGUCUGAUGAGGAGUUUGUCAUCAUCGACUUGUUCUCCUCUGAUGAACAUGAAACUUCAAGUCAGAUGCCCAAAUCUGAUGUUAAGACUGUGUCACACAUAUCAUCCUCCCAAAAGAAAAAGACACCGAAUGACACCAGGAGUACUGCCUCCAAUUCACAGGUGUCUCCAAUCUACAACACCUCAUCUAUCUUUAAGAAAUUCCAAAAUCAAAGUGGAGGUCUGGGAGCAAGCUCAUCAAAGCAAGGUGUUGAUGAUGAGAUGAUGUUUACACAGGAUGCAGGUGACACUGACUUACCUGAGCUCUCCUGGCCAAAGAGAAGGACUGUCAGACUGUCUCAGAGACACAGUUCAACUUCUAGCCAGAGUCAAGCCAGUCAGUCUCCCAAGAGGAACAAAAGCAUGUCACAGAUUGUCAGUCGAGUCAUCUCAGAUAUCAACAGUUCUAGUUCUGACGCUGAGGAAACAUUAGCUGAAAAGUUGUUAACCUUAAAGAGGCAUGCAAAACAACAGCCUGCUGAUUCUAAAAGUAAUAAAGCUAAGAGUUGUGGUCAGGUUAUGAAGUCCCCUGGAGACACACUUACCGCCUUGAAACCAAGACCUAACAAGUUGUCGCUAAACAAAAAAAACCAGAACGUUUCUUCUGACAGUUUUUCUGACUUUGUUAUACUAGAAACCUCAAAUGGAGACUCUUCAUCAGAUGACAUACCUACAAGCAAAGAGAACAUUAAAAAUGAGCAAAAGUUUGUUGCAAUUGCAAAAAGGGGGAAAGUCUCAACAACCUGUGCCCCAUAUCAUGGUGUAUAUGAGAAAGACAAUAAGUGUGACAGUCAAAUAUGUAAGGGGGAAAGGCAUAAAGACAUUGGUAAUGUGACAAAGUCCAAUUCAACAUCAGUUUGGCAGUCUAGUGCAAUGACAAAGUCUAGUAAGAAGAAUGCUUCCUCCUCUGCUUCAGACAGUGAGUUCCCUAAAAAGCCACCCCUUUCCAGUGCUAAUCUUGAUGCUGAUAGAAAGAAGGGCCAGGCACCUUACAAAUCAAGGACCUCAACAAUAACCAGUAGUCGGAAGGCUAAGAUAAAGAGAGACUAUGAAAGUUUUUCGGAUGAUGACAUAUCGUGCCAUUCUGCAGCUUCCUCUGACUCUGAAGGGGAAUACCAUUGUCAACCACUUCCACAGAAGGCUCCCAGAAAGUCCAAGGCUAUUGUGUCUUCUUCUGAUGAGGAGACACAGGAAUAUCAGUAUGAGCAAGGUGAACACCAAACAAGAACACCUGCCCUCUCCAGUUUGAUUGUUUCCCAGACUGCCAAGGAGAAGCUCAAGAAGGUUGUGUCUGCUACUUGCAAGAUGGAGUGUAGGAGAGGAAGCACACAAGAUGGUGAUGCCACACAACAGUAUGACUUCAAGGUUUAUGACAACAGGCACCUUGAGUCCAUGAGUUUUCAGACUGCAGCUGAUAUUAAACAAACAAAGGAAACAAAAUCUGCUCAAGGAGAGGAAACUGUACCUGGAUCCAAAACAAAAGAUGAUGAGAUUGACGAUGAACUGACCCAGCCCCCAGACACAUUGUUUGACUCCCAGGAAGGUGACGACAGUGAUAUCAUGGUCAUUGGUCUUGAUGAGGACGUGACACAACCAAUGGAAGAGGACGAUGAGGAACUGACCCAGGAACCAUCACAGACUGUUUAUGGGAAUCCUCCUGAACUUUCUCUGGUUGAUGCAAUGCUGCAUCAGAAGUGUCCUUCCAAUAUAUCAGAUGUUGAUCCUCCACUUCUGAGUCAGCAGGUCUUGAAUCCAAAAGUCAUAUCCUGUGUCAAACCUCCCAUGGUGGAAACUGCGAUUACCGGCAGAUCUUUUACAGAGUCAAAGAAAAUUGAAAGUAAAUCAGGAGGUAGCACUGACAGCAAUGCCAGUGAAAAUUGUCUUUUGUUUAAGCCUGUAUGUGAUAGGAAUCGAGAGGGAGAGGAAAUAAAUGAAAAUAGUGGUGUUUUUGAUCAUUCAAAGCAUUCUGAAAUUAGUGUUUCAGGAUUUCACAAAAAGUAUGUUGCAGCUUCCAAGCAAGAUAGGGCAGAGGACACAAGGAAAGAGUUCACUGAUAUUCCAGAUGAUUUUGAAAGUAUAAAGGUGAAAAAGGAAGGAGUCAAGAUUAAACAGGAGAAGCUAGAGCUCCCUACAAAGCUGCCUUGUUACACACAGGAGGAGGAUGUCAUCUUUGUGUAUGAUUCAAGUGAUGAUGAAGCCCUUAUUGAUCUCUCACAGACCAAUGUUCGCUCAGAACACAUCUCGGACACUGACAGCAUGUUUGACGUGUUUGACCACUCUGACACAGAACUGUUUGACCUUGACUUUGGUGAGGAGGAUGUGACCCUGGUUAAUGAUUCUGAUCAAGACAAAUCCCUUGAAGAGAUAGCUGAGGAGGAUAGGAAUCCCUUUGAUCAUCUAGGAGAGUCUGAUGAAUCUGAUCAAGAACAGAUUCAAGGGACAACCACCACUAAGAAAAAAGGAACAUUUGACUUUGAAAGUGUUUCUGAUAACAGUAAACAUGCUAAUUGUCAGAUGUCUUCAAAGCCUGGAAAGAGAAGAAGCAUUUGGGUGAUCAGCUCAGAUUCAGACGAAGAGGAAAUUUUCCAUCCCGAGCAUGGGUCUCCACAUUCAAUGUCUGUCAGUAAAGUACUGGAAACAAAUCAGGUUGAGGAUAUUUACCUGGCAGAAACACAAGUAGAUGAUGUGGAGGACAAUGGUGAGAUGCUGGAAGCAUGGGAUGAAAAACCCCCAGGCUUACACAUUGUACCAAACUACAAGCAGUAUCCUCUUACCAGUGACAACAGUGUGUUUAAUGUGUUGACUGAAGUUGAUGACUCCCUUGAUGAUAAGAGCAAGGAUAACUGUGUGAUAAAAUCCAAGUCUGAUUUAGGUGACAACAAUCAAUGUCAUAAGGAAAGUGAAAUCCAGACUGGCAGCAGUGUUGCUAUACAGCUGUCCAGGAAGGUAUCAAGAGGUAAAAGUGUGUCCUUUAACUUGCAGCAGGAAUCUUCAACAGAUGAUUCAUUUCUGUCUGAUGAAGACAUCUAUAUGGCUGCAACGCAAAUGGAUGCAAGUGUAUCUGAAGCUUUGCAAAAUAAAGCCAACAAUUUAUCAAAAGAUAAAGCUAUUGUUAGCUCAGAUAAUACCCAAGUUGUUGUAGCAAGGAAAACAGAACUAUGCCAGGAUCAACAUGUGUGUAGCCAAGAAAAGAAAAUGCGAAAGACUGCUUCAGUUAAGUCAGUUGUAUGGUCGUCUCCCAAUGUAGAAAUGAGGCCUCCAGUAUUUAAACCUCCUAAGUUAUCCAUGGGGAGGAAAAGCACUAUUAGUCAUGAGAACAUAUUUGAUGUUGAUACACAGAUUGAUUGUGCUCAUCUACCAUCAGAGGUGCCAUCAAAGACUUCAACACCCAAAGCAACUGAUGUGAAAUCGAAAGUAUCUCUAUUUGGCAUGACCAAGUUAAACCUUCAAAAGUUAUACAGUGCACAAACACAGUCUAUGUCCCCAUCCAUUCACGCAGACUCUACCACAGCCCAGAAAGCUGGGGUCGACCCUGAUACAGAAUCUGAUGAUGAUGCUUUGUACAGAGCUCUGGAUGACCUGGAGGAGACAAACCUGUCAUGUCUGAAUAGCACAGGACUCGCAGAGAAGGUGCUUCACAAGGACCUAGAAGAGGAUGUAUAUGGAGCUGCUACACAAGUUCAGCCUGAACCUAGGGGAAGGAGUAGCCAACAGAGGGAUGUGUUUGGUGCUGCCACCCAGGUUGAUCCUGCAUCAAUGCAGGAUAUGGAGAGUCUGCAAAGAUCUAGUGAUGAGGAAGUUCCUCCUUGCAUGGAUGUUGAUCCCUUUGAUGUGAUGACUCAAGUUGAUGAACCUUGCCUCACAAAGUCUCUGCAGGUGGAAUCUUGUGGAAUGGGAGUACUGCCUGAACGGAGGAGAGAAUCAGCAGAAACCAAUCUCCCCAAGAUUGCACAAUCUGUGAUGAAGAAAAUAAUGACCAAGCAUGUCCAAAGGAAGAGCAUCAUGGUUUUGCCCCCAAACAGUAAAGUGUCUGAGACACAAGUGAGUAAUAAACAAGAAGAAGAACAGAUGAAAACUAAGGUGGCCCCGAUCACCAAGUCCAAUUUUUAUAAGGCAACCCCUCCAGUAAAGACUACAUGGUUGUCCAAAAGAGUUCCACCCCAAAAAACAGUGCCACAAAAAACUGGCAGAAUGAUCAAAAAGAAGAAGCAGAAGAGUGAAGACAUUGGCUUCUCUCUGACACAGAAGAUACAGACGGCCAAGCGGCACCAAAAAGAGAGAUCUCACAAGACUGCUGUUGAUCCUCUGGUGCCUUCAGCCAAGAUGGAACCAGCAGCACUGCACACAAGCAGCAGUGAUGUGGCUCUGCCUGAUGAGGAGGAGAUCAUGGCCAAGGGCCUGCCUCUGUUGACCUUCAACAAGCUGGUGGAAAAGCACAAGCCAGAUAGAGCUGGCAACAAGACCAGCAGUACUGGCAAACAUGCAGAUGAACACCUAUCUGUUGUUGACAUGGAGGUUGAAAAUAUAACCUCCUCUGUGAUAAAAACCAAUACUGAGACCUUGCUUUCAUCUGUCUUAAACAAAGACAUAUCACGUGUGUGUGGAAAAUCCAAAGACAGAUCAAAGUCUACAUCACCAAAACCAUCAUCAUCCAAGACCUCUCAUAGUUCAUCCAAACAUUCCUCAAGGUCAUCCCACCCAUCUCACUCUUCGCAUUCAAAAUCAGUGUCAAGCUCAUCUAAAGUAACAUCUAGUUCAUCCAAAUCUAGUUCAUCCAAAACAACACCUGGGUCUUCCAAAUCUACAUCCAGUUCAUCAAAAUCAACAUCAAGAUCAGCCCAUUCAGGAUCAAGUUCAACAAGCUCUACAUCGGGUUCUUCCAAACCAUCAUCACGGUUAUCACCUGGUUUGUCUAAGCCACUGGGUUCAUCAUCCGUUUCAAAACAGUUAUCUACUCCGUCAUCUAAGUCAUCUGGUUCAGUUAGACCAUCACCUUUGUCACAAAAUAGUAGACAUUCAGUUGCUGACAGGAAAGAUUUAGUUCCACCCAAAUCAGUAGAGAAGAAAUCCUGCCUCGAUGUUAGUGCCGGUGAGACAGAUGCUUCUACACCACCCCCUGAGAGAACAUCAAGUCCUACAGCUUCUGCUCAACCAGCUAAAGAAGCCUCCUUUGAUCUGUCCAUGUACCCUCUUCCUGCUAAGGCCAGGACUACCCCCACUCCGCUGGCUGGGCCAGGGAAAGAAAACAAAGGACAAAGUAUUGUGGCUGGGGUCCCAGAAACAGCUUCCACUUUAAAGACUACAGCAUUCCAUGCCCCUGAACGCUUGUCCACACCAUCUCCAGCCCAUCUUCCCAAUGACUUGAAACUCAGUGAAAAUGACCCAAGGAAAGCCAGCUUGGUCAGAUCCAUGGGUAAGUCUGUGCAACAGCGUGUGUCCAGGGAGACGUCUGCUCUAGCUUCAGGUCAGCAUCGGAAUCUCCUAAUGAAACAUCCCCACAAUCUGCUCGUGAAACCAACAGUUUCAGUUAUACCAAUGGGGAUAAAUGCAAAUCAGAGACCUAGGACAACCUUCAGACCAAUUGAACCGAUACUGCCGUUUUCACAGAUGUUAAAAGGUUCUGCAGGAGAGCACAGACCAACAGUUACAGCAACAACAGGAGCUAAGGUUCAGGGUGUCAUUAAGGAUCCAGCCAAACUGAUGGACAUGACUUACUACCUUCAGAGGGUCCUUGCCUGGAACCCUUUGUGGCUGGAAGAACAAUGUAAACCUGAGUUUGCUGGCCACCCUCCCCCAAUCCUGAAGCCUGAAGAAUGUGUAUAUCCCCUACUGGAGAGCUACACCAGUCUGGAGGACUAUCAGACCAUCAUGACCAGACUGCUGCUUAUGGAGACCUGGGACAUGAUAUUCAAGGAGUGGAAACAAAAGAAAGUAAAGACAGUGACAAAUGUUAUGUUUCUCAGUGUGGACAUCUGUAGCAAGCAGGACAAGGGUGGACUCAGCAAAUUCAUCUGGCAAGGUGUGCUGACGAGGGAGCAGUACCGCCGCGGCCAGUACCCCAUGGAAGGAGACCUGUUGGGGAUGAAUGUGUGGGGGUCACCACUGCCAGCUCAGAAGGAUGCUGCUACCAGGGCCCCAGCCCAGCCAACAUGGAAGCCCUUCAUGGGAUAUGUGGAGAGGAUGAAUGUCAGACCCUGUGACAAUGCCUAUAAUCUCUUCCGAACAUACCCUCUACUCAAAUCCUGUGUUGAGAAGCUGAGCGGUGAGCUGCAUCUCCUGACUCUGACGGCACUGGGGCGGUACCGCAAGUUUAAACCCAUCAGUGACAGGCUGAUGACGCUGGAGCCUCUGUGUUCACUGGUCAGCAGUCGACGGCAGUUCCAGGGACUCACGUACCUGCCCCGCAGUCCACUGCUUAGGGACAUCCUGCACCCAAGCAGCCAGAGAGUCUUCCACCAAGAUAUACAUAAGCCUGACCCAACUCUGCUGAAAUGUUACAACCAGUCGCAGGCGGAGGCAAUCAGCGCAGUGUGCCGGGCGGUGCAGGAGCCGAGACACAUGCCGCGGAUCUGUCUGCUGCAGGGACCACCAGGCACAGGCAAGACUCACACCAUCACUGGUAUCAUCACCAAGAUUAUACAGGACAGCAAGGGUCAGUGUUGUGUCUGUCUGUGUACACCUUCGAAUGGAGCUGCAGAUGAACUGAUGAGGAGACUCGUAGCUCUACGUAGUGGUGGAGGCCAGUGUGCAUCAAUGAGACUGGUGCGGUUUGGAAAGGUGAACAGUAUCCAUUCUGAUGUCCAGGAGUAUUCUUAUGAUGAGCUGGUCAACACAGAGCGAGCUAAAGAGGAGAAACGUAAAAGAGACAACAACUCAUCUCUGCCAGACAGUGUCCGUCAGGAGCAACAUCAACUUCGAAAACGGAUUGAGAAAAUUCAGAAGGAGCUUGAUGACAUCAGUAGAUCAGGAAACAAAAUACAGAUUGACAGAAGACAGGCAGACCUCAGGAAGUUUGAAAAAGAACUAAAAUAUUUGGACAACCAGCAGAGUGGACCCGCUCAUCAUUCUGUCCAACUGACUCAUUCGGAGGAGACCAGAAUACGGCAGCGAGUGCUGCAGGAUGCCCACGUCAUUUGUGGAACCCUCAGCAGCCUUGGCAGUGCACGCAUCAUGAACAUACUUCGCACGAACAAUCGCAGGAACCCCUUCCUUUGUGCCAUCAUUGAUGAGGCAACUCAGUCGACGGAGCUGGACUGUCUGAUCCCGCUGCAGUAUGGUGUGAGUAAGCUGGUGAUGGUGGGUGACCCGGAGCAGCUGCCGCCCACUGUAAUCUCCCAGAAAGCCAAGGACAUGAAGUUUGGGCUGUCCCUGUUUGAGAGACUGUACUCGUACUUCAAGUCAAAAGACCAGAAUGUUGUUCUGAUGCUGAAGACACAGUACCGCAUGGAUCCCGCCAUUCUUAGCUUCCCCAACCUGUAUGUGUACGACGGCCAGCUGAACACAGACAGUUUAGUUGGCAUCCGAGGCAAGAACUGGCCACUGUUACCCUACCUGGUGUUCAACAUAGAGGAUGGGCAGGAACAGAGCUCAACUGAAGGGUCAGUGAGCAACCAAGCUGAGGCCAACUGUGUAGCAGAGCUUUGUCAACUUAUCAUGACCCGCUCCAAGAUACCAGCAACCAGGAUUGGAGUUAUCUGCCCUUAUCAGAGUCAACGGUGUCUUGUCAAUAACUCACUCAGCUACAAGCGAGUGAGAGACGUGGAGGUCGGCACAGUGGACGGGUUCCAGGGCCGGGAGAAACACGUCAUCAUCAUGUCCUGCGUGCGGGCUCGCAGGGCCGCUGGAAGUAUUGGGUUCCUGUCUGACCGAAGGAGAAUGAACGUGGCUCUCACCCGUGCUAAGUAUGCCCUCUACAUCCUUGGCCAUCUUGACACUCUAAAGAGAGGACAGGACUGGCGUUCUCUCAUAGAUGAUGCCAAACGAAGGGACGUUGUUGUCAACGUACCAACUGUCAAUAAUUUCAGUACCAUGGCAACUAAGUGCUUCAAGCCUCAAAAGGCAGGCCUUUAGAUCGACUUGUGAAAAAAUGAUGCACAGAUAAUAAGAAGAUUUUAGUGUUUUAUUUCCUGUAUAAUGGUUGAACUGUGGUGAUGAUCAAGGUCAAGGUCAAGGCCUAUGUACAGGUGUGACAGAGUUUGGAUAUUGGACAACAGGCCUUCCCAAGGCCCUUACUCGACAACUGUGUAUAUUUGGCAAAUAUCUACACAUUGCAACCAGCAUGUACCUAUCAUAUAUAUAUCAGUAAGACUAUUUGUAUUUUCCAGUACUUAUAUUUACUAUUGUACAGUUGGCAAUGUCCUUGGUGUUUGUCAAAGUGCUUGUAGUUUUGUGGCCAAGGACAGAGAAUGCCUGUAUAUAUGUAUAGAAGAAUUCCAUCAUGGUGGCAAGGAUGUUUGAAUCAUAGAGGCAGCAAGAAAACGUGACGUCUUCAUGUAUGUUGGAUAGCUUAUGAAAAGUAAGGAAAUUUGCUUGAAGUGAAGGUCCAGUUGGUACAUGUUUCUUGAAACAGCAUCAUGAGGUCAGAAUUUCACACCUCCAUCAGUAUGACAUCCAGCAAUCUAUGGGAGCUGUCAACACCAUUUGUUUGGGGUGAGAUAAGAAGACGCACUGAAAUCACUCACUCAGAGGACAAGAACUAAUAAUGUUGCUCUUGUAUUUGUAGUAUUAAACUUUCAUUUUGACAGACACUUGUGUAAAGUAAGGGGGAGUGGUAUGUCUUAUCCUCCUCUCCGCCUUUUCAUAUUCUUUUUAAAAAAACUUUGUUUUUACAUUUCUUGUGUUUCCAUGGAAACAUCAAACUCUCAAAGAAGUAGCAUUUGUUUCCCACCAAAUCACUACAGCUAAUGAAUAUUUCUGCUUGUUUCUGGUCUAAAACAUGCUAGUAUUGUAUUUAUGUUUGCAAACACAUAUUGAGUAACAAGUUGAACUAAUGUAUCAAAUUAAAGGUGGGGGGACCGAUAUAUGUUUUUGAGUAAAAACACAUGCUGCCUUCCUGGUUGUUCUAGUAUUACAACAGUGUUGUGACAGUACCAUCCCCUUCUUACACUGGUGAUGUCACCAUGUCAAAAUACAAACACCUUUGUAUAGGCUCUGGAACAUUGUUGGGGAGUUAAAGGGGCACUGAUCUAACGCAAUUCCCCGGGACUGGUUGUUGCCUUUGUUAUUGUUUUUUCCCAGUGAGUACCCGGAUGUAUAGCAGAAAUCUAGACUAGUUCGCGACCUCUGCUGCGCCAUUCGUAAGCGCAUUAGUCACUUUUAUGGGUAGUAAUAAGGGCGUAUGGUCACAUUGAUGAACAAAAUGAAAUACAGUUUUCGAGAUAAUAAGGAAAUGUAGGUAUCUUUGCAGGUAGCAUUGGUAAUGGUGACGAAAUUUUGAUAAGUCACUUGCUUGGUAAUUUUGCGAUUUUCGUUUACACUAUUUUGCCUUGCAACACAAAGUAAAUAUUUCACCUGAGGCAUUGCUUUUUUUUAUAGUGUGUAUAUUUUUUUA